AUGGGCGGAGACCCAGCGAGUGGGCGGGGCUACGAUAGAUUCGGUGUGGCGACGGAUUAUCUGAGAUCGUUGAGGGUGGGAGACGUUGUUAAGGUGAUUUUGAAAGAAAGUGGGCGUUUCCGACUGCCGACGCCGUCGAACACGCACGCGGAUGUGCGCAAAAUCCCGUUGAUUAUGAUUGGUCCGGGCACGGGCGUUGCGCCAUUCUUGGCAUUUUUACAGAAAAUUUUGUAG